AUGCGCGUUCUGGGGGCAGCGUCCUCUGACGCGUCCUGGUGUCCCCAGGGGUGUCCUGCAUGCCAUGUGUUCUCUGUGACUGACAUCAUGGACACCCUUGAGUCCCCGGCCCGGGGAAGCUCCCCUACCACCGCCACAGCACUGGGGUGGGGGCUGAGGGUCUGCAGGACCUUGGAGUGCCAGGCAGGGCUGGGUGAGCACCCCCGGGAUCCCCUCCCAGGUCUCACUCCCAGGCAGUGGCAGCUCCUGACCGAGCUCCUGUGCUGUGACCCUGUGACACUGGACCAUGGGGCCAUGCUGGCCCCCAGUGGCUCCACGGUGGCCCUUGGUCCCCUCUUUGCCAGCACUAAGAUGGGGCUGAGGUAUGGAGGAUCUGGGUGACCCCUCCCCAGCCAACCCCCUGCUGAUCCUCUCUUCACUGUCACCAUCACUGAGGCUUUGGGGACAUCUUCUGGUGACAACAAUGGGACCAUGCUGGAACCCAGCAGCCGCUGGGACCACGUGGAGAACUCCUAAAAUUACACCUUGCAGGGCCUCCUGUCCCCUGUCCCCGAUGCUGUGGUCAUCAGGGCCAUGGAUGGGGUGGUCCUGGGGGCACGACUGGCCUGACACCCCAUCCUGCUGGCCAAGCUGCUCCAGGGCUACUACAGGACUAGCAAUGGCUUGGAAAUGGGGAGAACUCUGCCGUGUCCCCAAGGACCCACUGAGCCCCUUGUCCCCACGCAGACUCUGAUGUAUCCCCAAGGGCUCAGGGGAUACAUGGAGCCCCUUGUCCCACUGCAUGUCGGGGUGGUCCCUACUGGGGCACCCUGUAAAUGCUAUGGCUCCUGCUGCAUGUUCCUGCACCACACCCUGGAGCCAGUGAGGCCAUGCCAGAGCUGCUGCACCUGUUCCCAUGCCAUGAGGGACAUGCAGAGCUUCCACCAGGACACCCACAGCUGUGACAACAUUGGCUGCAGCUUCGUGGUGGGCUUGGAUGGGUACCUGUACGAGGGUCGGGGGUGGCACUGGGUCGGUGCCCCCACCAAGGACUACGAUACCAAGGGCUUCAGCACUGGCAUCAUCCAGGACUUCUCAGCCACCCUGCCGGACCCCGACACCCUGGCCCUGAUGAAGGAUAAAUUCCAGCCCUGUGCUGUCCACUCUGGUUGCGUCCAGCCAGACUUCACUCUGUGUGGCCACUGCCAGCUCAGCCACACCAAUUGCCCUGGCAAUGCCCUCUUCCAGGGGAUCCAGAGCUGGCCCAGCUUCCAGGGGAUACUGGUGUCCCCAGGGCUUGGGGUGGGCAUCUCAGUGGGGUUGGUGGGAGGAGGUUCAGGGUGAUGAUACUGGG